AUGGAUCCUACGAAUUCCAGCACCUCCUUGGCUUUUGAAGUCGCAGCAUUCAAUCCAUCCAUCAUCGUCGGACCUGUGGUGUUGGGUGCACUCGUUGAUACCUGCCUCUUCGGCUGUCUCGUCAUCCAGACGUAUGUGUAUUAUGCGAAUUUUGCCAACGACCAUCGAGCGAUUAGGUUCACGGUAGCAGCAGUCUUCGCAACACAAAUUGCACAUGUAAUAUGUGUAUCGGCAACACUGUGGAACACUGCUGUCAGCGCAUACGACGACCCUUCGAAACUUCAGAUACUCCCAUUGGCAUCCGCCGCGACUAUCCUCUUCACUGGAAUUACAGGGGCACUCGUUGAAUCGUACUUUGCUUUUCGACUGUGGAAUGUUUCGAAAAAACUCCUUCUUCCCAUUCUCUCGCUGGUACUCUGCAUAAUAGCUCAGGCUGUCUCACUCGUGAUCACAGUGCAAGCUUUCAAAACGACAAGCAUUGCGGUAUUCGAAGUUGAUCAAAACAUGCCGAUCACUCUUGCACUCAUUUCGCGUGUGCUCUGUGAUCUGAUACUUACCCUGUCCACGGCGUGGUACUUGAAGAGCCAGCGGUCGGGAUAUUCAAGGCAAGCCACAACACUUCUAGUUUGUGCUGCUGCGACGAUUUUGCAGGACGACGAACAUGAUCGACCGUUUGGUUCUGUGGACUAUUGGUGA